CGUCACGGUAGAAAAGUGCUGGCAGAGAGGCAUACAUUUUUUUCUGCUUUUGGUGGCGGAAGGGCUCGGUUAAUUUUGCCAGUGUUUUAGUAGUAAAAUAUAAAAGUCCUGUGCUGUUGCUAUACCUAUAUGUUAAACUAGAUUGUGCCGCUGGAUCCUAAAUUAAACGUUUCAGCAGUUGCAAGACGGCAAUGGAUCUGCUAGAGCAGCUGCGGAAUCAGGGCUGGCAUCUUUUUCCGGCAGGAUUGGAACGAUUAUCUGAGGAAUCAACUGGAACAAUUGAUGCUAAACAGGCUAUCAAGUUGGCACUUGAUAUCGAUUUGCGCGAAAUUGGAGGUGGUGCUUUGGCUUCUAUUACUGCUCGGGGAAACAAGGCAGAUGCCAUCGACGCUAACAUUGUAGUUCAGAUCCUGAAGGUUAGAAACAUCUCUGCGCCAAAAGCCAACGAGGAGUCAAAGGUAGCUCCGCGGUUGCUUAAAUUAACCGUUACCGAUGGACAAACGCAGUACUCAGCACUCGAAGGAGAGCAUGUUCCUUCGGUGAGCUUGGAUACACCACCAGGGACGAAAAUUUUUCUGAAAAAUGGACCGAUCAAGAUAUCUCAAGGUUUACUGAUUCUGAACGCUAACAAUGUUUCCGUAUUAGGUGGAAGGGUGUCAGCAUUGGUGGAGAAAUGGGAACUUGGUCGGGCAAUGGCCAAAUAUGCCAAAGGCGGCAGAAAUCAUUUGAGUGCUUCUGGACCUCCGCCAUGGAUUGCGUUUGGGCAAAAAAUUCAACAAAACUUACCAAACGACAAAAAUUUCAAAAGCUUGCAGGCGAAAGAAAAAGAUGAGUCCAAGGAAAAUGCUGAAUUUACGGCGCUUCGCAAUGAUGCUAUCGCCGAAGCAACUAAGCUGGGUACAAAGAAAACGUUUGGUGGUGGCGCCAAGCAGAUGGUUGAUGCAAAUGUACAAAAGAUCAUGGAUAAAGGAUUUAGCGAAGAUCAAGCCGUGCACGCGCUUAAACUUACUAGAAACAACGUGCAUCGUGCGUUGAGCAAUUUGCAACGGAUAGAAGAUCGGAAACAAACGCAAAAUGACAUUAAAACUGGUAGGACAGAUCCACCACAGAAAUUGGGUAGACGAGAAAUGCGUGGUAAACGAGAUACAGAAGCGGAAGGAACGUCCAAACCAUCAACGAAAGUUUCACUUUUCGAUUUUUUGGAAGAUAUUCUCCCGGAGAGUGAUACGAGUAACAAAAAAAGUAGUAGCAAGGACUCGACACCUUUCAGUGCUAAGGAAAACAACCAAACAACGGACCCAUAUUCAAAUAAGUCCAACUCAAGUAAUUCUUAUUAUAAUACCUACCCUAAUAAUCGAUCGUCCAGUGGCAACCCAUCGAACCAGUAUCAAUUACAUUCAUCUUCACAAUACAACAAUCCCGCGAAAAGCUACAAUCAGCAGCGCUUCGAAAACAAUAUUUCAAGUAGCUUUGCGAACAGAAACUCGCAUAGCGGUCCCAAUAGUCGAAACUACAACCCCAAUCUUCAGCAUGAACAAGCACAUCAACCGAGUAAUAAUUCUCAGCAAGGAUACAAGCAACCAACAGACUAUAACAGUGGUCGAUAUCGAGGUCAACCAAAUGCACAAUAUAACCAUCCGAACGAUGCAUAUCCCCGGGGUCGCCAAGAUUCAAAAUACAACCAGUCUUCCUACAAUCCGCACCAAAACCAACAAUCGCAGUAUAGAAGUGAUAACUACAAUAAUAACACGACUGCAUGCGUGCAAGGUAACAAGUAUCAAUCAAGUUUGAACAACAGUGGGAAACCUCAGCAGUCCGCUGCCAAUUAUGGAUAUGGACAUCUAGACUCGAAAGAUUCUCAAAACUACAGCAAUCAAAGUGAUUCUAGGAAACACGUGGGAGCUACCACUAAUCACUAUCAGCAACCACAACAAUCACAGCAUCCGUCACAGUUUUAUCAGCCCGGAGAACACAAGCAAACACAGGGCUAUGGCACUAACAACAAUAGCACCGGCAAUCACCUGAACUUGCACUACAACAGCGCAGGCCAUCAUAAUGAACAAUCAAAUCACAACAACGCUAACGCCUAUAAUAGCAGCAGUGCUGUUGGCAACAUCAAGGAUUUUCCUUCCAUGGUCGACGGUUUUGAAGGGCACCAGAAAGGAUCAAGGUACGCCAAGGAUGACAUACAAAACUUAUCUGCACCUUCAACAAACGCACAAGGGAGAAAAUCAUCGUCAACAAAGAUACACAAUCCAUCCCAACAGGUCACACAGCCAGGGGUCGGUAGUCAACCAGCAGUUUUGUCCAAUAACAAAACUACUGCUGUAACAACAGCGAGCGCUACUAACAACAACAACAACAACAAGAUAUCUCAGCUAACGGAUGCCACUGCAAAUAUGCAAAUUAGCAAUAAUAAACCUUUCAUUAAUAACAGUGCGCAUGCGCAUAAUGCAACGAAACCAUCUCAGCCGCACAUUAGCGGUCAUGCACCGGCGACCCCGCCGGUAUCAGCGACGACCCCGGUGGUACCAAAGAAUUUUAUUCAACUCCCGAAUGGAUUCAAUUACAACCCGUACCAGAUUGUGGGUUUCCAAAACAAACAAACUAACGAAUUUGCACUUAAUGUGCUCAAAAGUCAGCAGAUAGAUGCACUUCAAUCGGCUCAAAUCGCAGCCGCCCAAUCGGGUGGUCCACCAUCUAUUCCAGGAGUUACCAUACCCCCUACUGCAGCCGUAGUUCCGACAGUACUAUCGGCGGUGACAGCCGGGCAUGCAGGACCGACGAUACACCCGUCUAUUCCAGCCGGUGUUAUUCCUAACUGGAAGGUUGGUGAUCGAUGUUUUGCCAAAUACUGGGAAGAUGGAGGGUUUUACAAUGCCGAAAUCACAGGAAUCUCUGAAAACACCUUUGUCGUAUGCUUCAUGGAAUAUGGAAACUACGAAGAAGUUCUUAAAACGGAUUGCAUCCCUUUGACCGGGCCAGGUGGCGCUGCGUCUGUUCAGUCACCACAUGGCCCUCCACCAUCCAUGGGUUUCCAUCCAACGAGCCAUCUCCCGCCUGGCCCUAAUCUGAUGCCACCUCCACAUAGUGGCGUCUAUCCCGGUCAAGCUGCUGACAGUCAGUCUGGGCAGCACUUCAACCAUGGCUACAAGCCACCACAGUCAAAUCAGUAUCAACACCAUCUGCACCCGCCACAUCAUCAGUCGUCAUCACAACAUAGGCCUUCGAAAUUCCGAGAACAACGGCCGAUGUAUGUUCCGCCAGCACAGCGGAAGUAAAAAUGUUCAUGUUCAUGCUUGGAUUAUAAUUGUAAUUGUGUCUACAUAAAAACAUGCAUACAA